AGUGCCGGCGAUGGAGGGCGGGGGCUCGGCGUCCCUGCUGGCGGCGGCUGGCGGCGCGGGGCCGGCCGGCGGGCCUGGGAGGCGCCAGGAAGCGCAGGAGCACCGGUGCCUCAGGUGAGGGCCCGCAGGCGCAGUGCGCGUUCGCAAGCGCAGAGGCGGCUCUGGAGCCCGGCGCUCCCGCUGCCAGCCCAGGAACCGGGAGAUCUGGGUGAGAAGAACAAACCCCGCUGGCAUCUGCGUUUGUGGUCACCCAGAGAGAGCGGCUGUCCCCAAACCGGAGACUUACUGGAUCCUCGCCUGUAAGACCGCCUGUCUCUCCUGGCGUUUGGGACACCUGAGGCGUAAAGGGAUGAGAGGUGCAUGGUGACAGCAUUGCAGCAAUGAGUGGAAUUUUAAAGAGGAAGUUUGAAGAAGUUGGUGGAACCUCACCCUGUUCAUGUGUGUGGGAAUCAGAUGAUGAUGUUUCUAGCAGUGAAAGUGCUGACAGUGGAAGUAAUGUCCAUCCAUCUGCUUCUAAUCAUUUUACUCGUACAUGUGACAGCAUUGCAGCAAUGAGUGGAAUUUUAAAGAGGAAGUUUGAAGAAGUUGAUGGCUCCUCACCUUGUUCUUCUGUGAGGGAAUCAGAUGAUGACAUUUCUAGCAGUGAAAGUGCUGACAGUGGUGAUAGUGUCAAUCCGUCCACUUCUAAUCAUUUUACUCUGAGACACUGUCAGAUCCUGUGUACUGUCUUUUUUCUGGUCUGUUUUCAUAUAGCGUCUUCAAUCCUGAAGAGAGAGAAACGGAAGAGAACAAAAAAUGUCCAUUUUAACUGUGUUACUGUGUAUUACUUCACGAGAAGGCAAGGCUUCACCAGUGUUCCCAGCCAAGGAGGAAGCACACUGGGAAUGUCCACUCGCCACAACAGUGUGCGCCAGUAUACACUGGGGGAGUUUGCCAUGGAGCAGGAGAGGCUUCACCGAGAGAUGUUGAGAGAGCAUCUAAGGGAGGAAAAACUCAAUUCUCUAAAGUUAAAGAUGACGAAGAAUGGUACAGUGGAAUCUGAGGAAGCCAAUACACUGACUCUGGAUGACAUUUCUGAUGAUGAUAUUGAUCUAGACAACACUGAAGUAGAUGAGUACUUUUUUCUCCAACCCCUGCCUACAAAAAAGCGGCGGGCAUUGCUGCGAGCUUCUGGAGUGAAGAAGAUUGACGUGGAAGAAAAGCACGAGCUGCGAGCCAUCCGCCUGUCCAGAGAGGAUUGUGGCUGUGACUGCCGUGUGUUCUGCGACCCAGAAACUUGCACCUGCAGUCUUGCAGGCAUAAAAUGUCAGGUGGAUCGUAUGUCUUUUCCAUGCGGUUGCACUAAAGAAGGGUGUAGCAAUACAGCAGGUAGAAUCGAAUUUAACCCUAUCCGUGUACGGACUCACUUUUUGCACACGAUAAUGAAACUUGAAUUGGAGAAAAAUAGAGAGCAGCAAGUUCCAGCACUCAAUGGCUGUCACACUGAGAUAAGUGCACACAGUAGUUCCAUGAGUCCAGGACCCCAUCCAGUUGAAUAUUCAAUUGCAGAAAAUUUUGAGAUUGAAACUGAAACCCCGGCUGCAGUUAUGCAUUCCCAGUCAGCCGAGGACUUGGACUGCCCAGUGGAAGAGGAGGAAGAGGAAGAUGGGAGUAGCUUUUGUAGUGGAGUUACAGAUUCUAGUACACAGAGUUUAGCCCCUAGUGAAUCAGAUGAUGAUGAAGAGGAAGAGGAAGAUGAGGAGGAAGAUGAGGAGGAAGAAAAAGCAGAUGAUUUUGUAGAAAGUAUGAGCUCCCAUGCUGAUAUGGUGCCUCUUCCUUCUGUCCUUUGCUACUCUGAUGGAACUGCUGUGCAUGAAAACCACUCUAAAAAUGCUUCAUACUAUACUAACUCUUCAGCUCUGUAUUACCAAAUAGAGAACCACGUUGCUGGCACUGCUAACCAGAUCGGUGAGACUUACUCAGAAAGGGAUGCUGUCAAGAACGGUAGUCUUUCUCUGGUGCCUUACAACAUGACUUCAGAACAGUUUGUUGACUAUACACGGCAAUCAGAGGAAACUUUUAGCAGCCCUCAUUACCCUUCUGCAAACCCCUCAGUGAUUGUUUGCUGCUCAUCUUCUGAAGGGGAUGGCAGUGCUCCCUGUAACAGUUUAUACACUGAGCAUAGGCCGAGUCACCCACCAGUGGAAUUUCACUCAUACUUGAAAGGUCCUUCUCAAGAUGGCUUUGUUUCAGCUUUGAAUGGUGACAGUCAUGUGCAAGAACACCCUGCUGAGAAUUCACUAAACCUCCCAGAAAAGAGCAGACUGCACGAAGAGUGCAUCAAAUCACCAGUGGUAGAGACAGUACCUGUUUAAUAUUAAAAUUAUUCUAGGACUGACUUCCUGUGUUAAAAUUCACUCCCAUUGGAUUUUCCUAGAAACUUACUUUUCUAAGAGGUAGACAGCACUUGGACUAUAGUCAAUGUUCCAGACACAUUUUGUUUUCUCAAGCUACACUGGCAGUGGUAUUGCACAAAAUCAGUUCAUGUAAAGAUUUAAAUAAAAAUAAUCAAAUACUUUUUUUGAUAAAAAUAAAACAGAUGAGUAAAAAACACACCCAACAUAUUUCAAAGUAGCCUACCUAUGAAAGUAUGUGAAACCUGCCAAGCUAUCUGAAUCAAAGCUUCAUGUUUUUGACUGUCGGGCCUGUGCAAGAUUGUUAAAAAUGAUACUUUGAAAUAAUCAUGUUUAGAGUCCUAAUUUUCAACAUAUCUGAAAAGAUGGUAAGUUUAAUGUAAAAGUAACUACUGUACAAAAAAAAAAAGGUUUUAAUUGUUCUGUACUGUAUGUAUUUUAUUUAUGGUAGUUUAAGAUUCAUGUUUUGAUAAAAAUGAACAGAAUGUUCAUUUGAGCAGAAGAUCCAGAGCUGCUUACGAAGAGCAUGUCCAUUUUUCAUCUGGAGUACCUUGUAUUCUUCCUUAUUUUUUUCUUAAUACCAUUUCUGAUAAAUCAUCUUGAAACAUA